AUGGAGAACCAGACGGAGGUGAGCGAGUUCAUCCUCCUGGGUCUAACCAAGCUCCAGGAGCUGCAGUGCUUCCUCUUCGCUCUCUUCCUGCUUCUUUACAUGGCCAGUGUGCUGGGGAAUGGGGCUAUCAUGGCCGUGGUGCUGGCCGAGACCCGGCUCCACACCCCCAUGUACUUCUUCUUGGGCAACCUCUCCUGCCUAGACAUCUGCUUCUCCACGGUCACCAUACCCAAGAUGCUGGCUGGCUUCCUCUCGAGACAUCAGAUCAUCUCCUUCACCGGCUGCCUGGUCCAGCUCCAUUUCUUCCACUUCCUUGGCAGCAGCGAGGCCGUGCUGUUGGCCGUCAUGGCCUACGACCGCUAUGUGGCCAUCUGCAACCCACUGCGUUACAGGCUGGUCAUGAACCCACGGGUCUGCCUGCUCCUGGCAGUGGCCACCUGGUCCAGUGGUUUCCUGCACGCCCUGAUGCACACGGUCAUGACCUCCCGGCUGCAUUUCUGUGGCCCCAAUCAUGUCCACCACUUCUUCUGUGACAUCAAACCCCUGCUGAGCCUGGCCUGCAGCAGCACCCGCCUCAACCUGAGCCUCCUCAACAUCGUCACUGGAGGCAUCGUACAGAGCAGGAGGAAGGCCUUCUCCACCUGCACCUCCCACCUCACGGUGGUGAUUUUACAAUAUGUGCCCAUUAUCUUUAACUAUGUACUGCCCUCUCAUGGGGACUCCCAAGAUAGGGACAUGAUAGCCACCCUCAUGUACAGCAUCGUCACCCCAGUUCUGAACCCCCUGAUCUACACCCUGAGGAACCAGGAGGUGAAAUCUGCCCUGAGGAAAGCGGUAGGAAGAAAACUAUUACCUGGAAGGACACGAAAAAACUGA